GUUCGAUUUGCUCUUCUAAAUACCGAAGAAGAGUCUUCCGCUUUAAGAAAACGUGUUCGUUUUAUCUAAAACUACUUCCGGUAGAUCUUCUGCCUCUUCCAUCCCGCGAGCAGAAGAGACUGGAAAACAAUAUGGCGGAUGAUGGCGGAUUCACGAAUGUCAACGUUACUUUGGGGAACGGAAAACUUGUAUCUGUCCAAGUAUCGCCAGAGUUGUUUGGGCACUUUACCUCAUCAGAUCCUGAUUUAAAACAGUUGGCUAAACAACUCAUCAUACAAGCAGCUAUGGAGAAAGAUAGUGAAGCAGAAUGUGAAGAAUUGCCAGACAUUCCAACUGUUCCACAGACCCCAGAGAAUUCACCGAAGCCUACACCAUCAGGCAUUUUUACAUACGAACAAACUAUCUUUUUAAUUUCUGCCUACAAGGAGAGAAAAGAAAAGUUCUUAUCACCCACUCACAAGAAAAAAGCACUGUGGCUAGAAAUCACAGAAGAGUUAAACAAAUGUUUUAAAACUGAGUUCACUGUGGCCCAAGUUGAAGGCAGAUGGAAAACACAACUUAGUGCGUACAAGAGGCAUCAAACCGACCAGGCUAAGUCAGGGAAUGAAAGGAAAGAAUUUCUGUAUGAAGAGGAAUUCCAGGAUAUCUUCAGUGAUCGACAUGAUAUAAAUCCAAAGUUUGUGGUUUCAUCUUUAUCCUCAAGCUCAGAUAGUGGAAGUUUCACUCAAGAUGAGCCCUGCACAAGCUCAAGUUCUGGUGAGCCAGCAGGAUAUGCAUAUUUAUGCCACUUGCCUCCAGAAAUAAUAUGCAAAAUAUUGACAUACAUUCCAAUUCCAGAGUUGUACCAUUCUGUAUCUAAAGUUUGCAGUUCCAUGAAUUGUCUUUUUAAGAGUGGCCUUGUAUGGAAUUCAAUAACUGACUUGAAUUUUUUCAAUGAAGGAAUGAAAGAUAUAUUCACUGUAGAAUUUUUGAAACUUUUUGAAAAUUGUGUUAACCUUACCAUUGAUGCAACACUUCUGCAAGAUUGUGAUUUUUUGGGUAGUUUCAAAAAUUUGAAAUGUUUGGAUAUCAGGGGUUCCAAAAACGAAAAUAUUUGCAAUGAAAACAUUGUUAAAAAUUUAUCUAAGUGCAGAUCUAUGGAGAAACUCUUCAUUAGCAGUUUGCCAAACUUGAGUGAUGAUGGUCUGUUGUCAUUAUCUAAGGAGAUGGGGGGAACACUGAAGUAUUUACAAAUUCGUAACUCUGCAGAGAUCAGGCCAGAAACUUUUCAGGUUUUGAUGAAAAAUCUAAAGUGUAUUAAGGCCAUCAGUGUGACUCCUUCUGGAGAUUAUGAAAAGUGGGCAAAAGUUCUAAAUGAAAAUGCUGUAAGGUGCAGUUUUGGGCAUGAAAUUCUUGAUUUUGUUCCAAAGCGAUAUCUUGUAUAUGACAGAAUGUUUUACUCUCUGUUGCCCUAA